AUGGUCGGUCCACCCGUCAGCACCCGCGAUCGCCUUCCUCACCAGCACGUCCCGCUGAUCUCGCCUCCGGACGAGGACAUAGUCCAGCAGGUGCCACUGGCGCGACCGAGGAUGCCUCCAGGUGGCCUUCUCUCGCUCCGGCAGACAGAAGAACGUGUUCGUCAGGAUGAGGCGGUGUUCUGCGCAGGCUCGGAGCAGCAGCAGACCAUUAUCGUUGUAGCCACGGAGACCGUGAGGGCUCAGCACUCCUCUCCAGGCAGUAUGGUCUGUGCCGACGUAGGCGUUGAAGUCGCCAAGGACAAUCAACUAUUCCGCCACCGGCACAGUCGCCAAGAGGGCGUGCAGGUUCUCGUAGAAUUUGUCUCUUGCGGCAUCAGGGCUGGUCAUCGUCGGAGCGUGGCGCUGAUGAUGAUGAUGGCGAAUUUGCCUCCCCAGACAGGCAGGCGGAGGCUCAUCAGGCGAUCGUUGAUGCCCUGCGGCAAACAGGGCAGUCGUCCCACGAUGUCGUUCCGAAUGGCGAAGGCGACGCCCGCGUCUCGUCGCUCUGCCUUGGGUCGACCACUCCAAAAGAAGGUGUAACUGGCACCCACCUCCUCCAGUUGGCCUUGUUCGGAGAAUCGGGUCUCGCUGAGUGCGGCGAUGUCCACCUUGUAGCGCGCCAGUUCUCAUGCCACUAG